CUCGUCACCCAACUCCAUCUCGAUCCCACUCAGAUCUCAGAUCUCCCAACCUGACUGAAUACCCACCACCACCACCACUGCGAUUCGGCCUGUGCACCUCUCUGUCUGGCAGCCACCACCACGCAAUCUCACCACCUCCACGUCACAGAAUCGACUCUUCACCAUCACACUCCAUUGCACGACCAACUAACUACACACUGGAUGCCAUAGAUAUUCCUGUCUACUAGGUACUGUGCCCUUAUAGAGUGUAUACCCGCACGCGAUACCAACGGACUGUCUCUCCGGUCCGUCCCGCCCUUUGCGUCCGCCGAUAGAGCUGUUGCGUCUCUUCAUCCCGUCUAUCCUGGCCUCUUCGAGUCAGAUGCUAGUUUGAGCUAGGGGUGCUCUGCUUGGGUUAUCGACGCCAUUUAUUCUAUCAAGACCCGCUAUGGAAGCGGGCGAUUCUGCUGCUAGGCAAAGGUGCGUCUCUCCUCAUGUCAAUCCGUCUGCAUCCUCGAGCAAUUGGGUUAACAUUUUGUCUUCUGUUAGCGGGAUCCCAUCUGCCACCACCACUCGUGAACACUUUGAUCCAGCACGACCAUACAACAACAGAAGCAGCAGAGAAGGCACAGCCAUGGCGACAGCAACCUUGAUCAACCCAAGCUCCCAUCAAUACCACUCGCACUCAUUUUCCCACGGCGGCUAUCACCCUUCGUCCUCCGCAAGCAUUCCCGGCAUGAUUUCGCCCGUCGAUUCCCGGCGGACGUCCGACGAGUCGGAGAACCCUCACCGACAGUCGUUGCCUUCCAUUUCAGAAGUUAUCUCGGGUACCAAGCCGACCUCCUACCCUCCACAUGCUCCGACCUCACUGCCGCCAACCCAGACCCUCCCUUCGCCGUUUGCACCAUCUGGUCCGCCACGAAGUUACGAUGUCGACAAGCAUCCUUCACCGAGGGCACUGCAUCCUAGCUCGGGCUUCCCCCGCCCUGAUCCUCUACCCGCCUUCUCCGACCCCGCAAGACCUCCAUUGUCUAGCAGGCCGCCUCCGCCUCCCCCGCUGAAUACAUUUCCAACACAUCAUCAGCACCCCUCGCCACCCGUAAAGCUUGAACAGAUGGAGAUUGACCAAAGGCAUGCCGAGGCAUCCCCAAUGAGCGCCGGGUAUCCUCACCAUCCUCCAGGACAUCCAGCGGGACCCCAUUACUCGCAAACGGGACGUCUUCCUCCUGGCCAACUACCGCUGUCGGCUUACCCUGUUUCCCCCAGGCAUAGUGGACCCGGACUGCCCUCACCAUACGACUCGCAGCACCGACCGCCUAUGUACCCAGAGGAGCAAGAAUAUGGGCAUGGUCAUGCUAGAAGUACCGAAUACAAGUCUGCCUCAGAAAGGUCCUUGCCGGACUGGUCGUCUUAUGGGGAGAUGAUGUACAUGAAUAAGCAGAUAGCGCACGCUGGGCGCACCGUUUAUCAUUUUGCUGAAGGCUACGGCGCCGCGGCACGGGAACAGCAAGGACAGCCGCUUCCAUCAAGGUUACCAACCGAAAGUGAAAUCUCCGUUGUCAUCGACAGCGCAGUCGUCGCGGUCGAGAACUUGAAGAACCUCCGACACCUCAUCGCCCAGAUCAAUUCGGAACGGUCCCGAGAGAAUGGUGGACGCAAGUCCGGAGCUGAGGACGACGAUGUCUCCAUGUAUGGUGACGGCAUGGGAAAGCAUUCGUCCUUUAACGAAGUGAAGAAAAGGCGUGGCCGUGCGGCUCCUCCCGGACGGUGCCAUAGCUGCAACAGGAUCGAUACUCCCGAAUGGAGGCGCGGCCCAGACGGCGCGAGAACUCUCUGCAACGCCUGCGGCUUGCACUACGCCAAGCUUGAACGCAAACGACAAUUGGAACAGCGAUCCAUUCGACCUAAACCCACCGACGAUCGAAACUAGAUAUACCAUUCGGCACCAAAAUACAACUACCGCGGGCGUUCCAACCCAGUCCUGACAAAUUCGAUUGCAGCCAGCGGCACCAUGUGUGCUGCUUACAUCGAAGCUACUUCUCGAGUUGCCCCGUCUUUGCAGCGCGCAAACGGUACAGACGC